CACUGAUGAGACAGUUUGGUUUGCUACUGGUUCACUGACUCCUCGCCCUGAGGCAGCUUGCAUGUAUCCUGUCGGCACAUCUGGUCUACUCAGUAUCUCCACUAACCUAGCUCCACUCAUCACAGCAACUGUGUGUGAGUCAUAGCUGUAUGGACAAUAUGGGUAUACAUUCAUGCAAUGUCAGCUUCCAAGCAUUUAGUGCACUGUGUCAGCAUAUACAUGUACAGUUCUUGUUAGUACUCCCCCCAUGCCAUUCAUGUGAUGCUCACUGAAAGCUAUACUUGUAGAUCUACUUGGUAAUAACUUCCUUUGGUGAGCUGAGCACCAACAGCCCCCAUGCAAUCAUUUAGUGUAUCUAUGUCACAGAUUGUAUUUAGCAAAAGAAAUAUAUAGCUUAUAAGGAUUUCUCCAUGCAUUCUACUUGAAUGAUUGUGUCAGCCUAUAGCGUGUGUGUAUAGGUGAUGAUUAUUGUUUGAUUUUGAUGUCAUAGUUUUCGACACUAUCAGGCUAUAGAUACUUUCAACAUGACUUCUAUUACCGUAUCUCUUUGCUCAGCUACAAUUCUUGAUGCUACAUUUGCUAUAUCACACUCUUAUCUACUCUUGUCAGUACCUAUUGUAACGUUUAAGUACGUUGAAACCCCCGUUGUUGUGUGCAGAUGAUUAUGUGUGCUCAACUGCUACGCUUCCUUUAAUUGUCGAAGUAACCAACUUUCAGCUUUGUGUGUGCAUGUACACCUAGCUCUAUGGACAUGUACGUAUGAAUGCAACCUGUACAUUCCUGUGUGGUGGUAUGGAGCAUGUCAACAAUGUGUGUGUGUGGGAGAUCCCUAGUACACCGUGCAUGGUUGUGGUUGAGUGUGGGUAUGUACUGCUUGAUAUAAAUUGUAGGGAAUCUGUUGCAAGGAAACUGUUAUAGUGCACCUCUGUGUACUGCUGGGGAUCACAGUACUACUCUGAAGCUAUAUAAUGAUAGGUGUACAAAAUCAGAUUCAUAGCUAAUGGCGGUUGAAAUGGCUCCAUGGAGUGUAUCCAAGAGAUUGUCUUAUAUCCAGUGCAUAAUGGUGAAGCCUCUCUACCAGACUCUGUGAUACUUAGAAGCCACCAUGUAGCUGUAUGGCAUGGGCGUACAAAUGUCAUUUAAUGCAUUCCAAUGUCGUAGCUUCCAUACAUUUAGUGCACUGUAUGUUAGCAUAAUUAUACAUGUAUACAGUUCUGUUGUUAGUACUUCCCAUGCCAUUCUAACUUGGUAAUAACUUCCUUUGGUGAGCUGAGCCCCAAAAGCCCCCAAUCUGUGUAUAAAUGUCACAGAUUGUAAGUACUAUUAAAUUUUUAGCAAAAGAAAUAACAACAAUAGUUUGUUAACUUGUAGGCUCAGUUUCUACUUAGACUCUUGCAUGAUUGUAUAAGUCAACCAUAUAACUGUGGUUUUCUUUGAUAGGUGUAUUUGUUUGUUGUUGUUGUUGUUUUGAUAGUUUCGACACUAUCAGGAUAUACGAUUUCUAUUACCGCAGGGGCGUAGCCAAGGGGGGUGCUAGGGGUGCUCGAGCACCCCCAACCAGUCUGAGUCAAGUAUACAAAUCACAGAGAAAUGUAUCUGAUUAUCCAGCUGAGCACCCCUUCUCUUCCAGAUCUUGCUGCUGUUAGCUAGCUAGUAUAGCAAGGAAAACGAUUCAGUCUCUAAACUGUGAGGUAUUUUGGCUUAAAUCUAUAAACUAGUUCUCUUUUGUGAUCGUGGCCAGCUUCUCUAUGUAAAUAAACGUUCAGCCACGCCCAACUUGGCAGAUAAGUUAAUUAUGACGCCAUUAAUAAGAGGUGUGGCUUCCGGUCAACCAAAUUUCGGCGCUGCGUGGCUAAAAAUCGGGCGCUUUGCGCCCUCUUUCAUCUGUGAUAGCACCCCUUUCUCCAAAAUCCUGGCUACGCCCCUGUACCAUAUCUCUUUGUUCAGCUACAAGUCUUGAUGCUACAUUUGCUAUAUUUAUCAUACUCUUAUCUCUCAGUACCUAUAUUGAUUAUUGUAAACGUUAUGCAACCCUGUAUGUGUUGGUGUGGUGUGCAGUUUAAUGUGAGUGCGUAAUUUGAAAACUCAACUGCUGUGCUUUUUUUUUUAUUGUCAGAAGUAACCAACUUUCAGCUUUGUGUACAUGUACACCUAGCUCUAUGGACAUGUACGUAUGAAUACAGCCUGUACAUUCCUGUAUGGUGGUAUGGAGCAUGUCAACAAUGUGUGUGUGGAAGAUCAACCUAUAGUACACCUUAUAUAGAUAAUGUUUGCCAUAAAUACUGCAAUCUGAUUGGUUAGAGGAAGUGUUCUAGAAAAUCAUGUACUUACUUAGACAAUCAGACAACACUUAUACAAUCAUGUAGCAAAGAUUAGAUAGAGCAUUCAAGCUAGAUACUCAUGGUUGCUAUGAUCUAGACACUGUUUAGGUGAUUUAGAAGUCCUCAGGGCUAGUAGAACCCUCACUGCGUUUGGAAUACUACAACCUUGUACUAACCUUUGGGCUUCUAAAUCAUGUAGAAACUUCCUAAACAGUGUCUAACUAUUAUGUACAUGGCUAUUGUGGUUGAUAGCAUUGAGUGGAUAUUAAUUGUUUAUAGGGAGUCAAUAAUUCUGUUAAACUGUUAUAGUGUACUCUCUUCUAGUCUUCUCUUGCUUGCUUUGUCUGAGGCUAUAAUGAUCAAAAUCAGAUUCAUAGCUAACAGUGGUUGAAAUGGUUCCAGUGUAUCCAAGAGAUUGUCUUAUGGCCAGUGAUGGUGAAACCUCUCUAUCAGAAUCUGUGAUACCAGGGAGGAAGUAAUGGAAGCCACCACCAUUUCGGACAGAUGUAUCACAAUUAUAAGCACAUCCUUUCGUUAGUGUUUUGUUUCAGAAUCAAUUUCAUACUACUGUUAUAGUAGUGUUAGUGUUUGUGAUGACUUCAUAAUAAUAGUCCUUAUAUAAAGGCGCAUGAUCAUUAGAUAAAGUAGCUAGCUAUUACCGUAUAGCAGGUAAUUUUCGUGGGGGCAAAAUGUUCGUGGAUUUCGUGGUUAGCGACCUUACCUACCUUUACCUGCAGUGCAAGCAGAAAAUAUUACAAACGAAAUGUCUCAAUUGCGUGCAUUGAUGUCAUUAAUGUGUGUACUGCAUGGAAACUGUUAUAGUGCACGUCUCUUCUAGUCUGCACUUGCUAAGUAUUGUAUACUGCUAAUUAUUCAUUAGAUGAACACCAUUUCAUUAGUGUAUUGUGUCAGUGUUGACUAAUGGUUGUCAGUCAGACUAUAACAUGUAUGCUUUUCUUUCGGUGAAAAUCAGGUUGUUGGUUUUACAUUCAAUAUGACUUCCUGGCAUACAAUGUUUUUGCAGAUGAUAGAUUUGUAUAGAUUGUGGGCAUGUUCUCAGUAAACCAUUAGGUAUGCUCGCCCAUGCAUAAAUUAAUUUAUCAUUGUUAAUUCAUAUAAUGAUGGCCCUUAUAAAGAUGGUCAUGAGAUUCUAAAAUCUCAAAGCAGUAAGUUAUAGUAGAGCUAUAGCUGUGACAGUCAAACAAGAUGUAUGCCAAACUUUGCUUGCUGUUUAUCUCCUGCUUCCUGUCUUGCUCUCUGGCUAAUGCUCAGCAAUGUCUUCGUGCAACCAAUGGUAACAGAGAUCUACCAAACUUUGUCAGACCAGGAGGUGGGGGAGAGCCACAGUUUAGAGACAACCCAAUCCAGGCCAUCAUCACUAGCUACAGGUUCGACUGCUGUGGAGUGGUCACUGAGUGGAGAGCCUUUGUGGAGGGCAGUGGUGAUAAUCGACGUAAUGCAUACACCAUCUCCUUCCAAGUGUGGAGACCCAACUCCCCCUCACCCAUGGACACUGAUGGCUGCUACACUAUGCAAGGCAAUAACCAUUUCUCACCCAUUCCACUGGCUGAUCGCGACACUGAUGACAGAGGAAUAGUGACUGGGAUACCACUAGAGAAUGAGAGGGUUGAGGUCCAACCAGGAGAUGUGGUUGGGUUCUAUCUUGAGAGUAGUGACAAUGGUGAUGAUGGUAUCCAGUUUGCUAGAGAUAUGAGUCCUUACACUGAUGAGAGAGUUUGGUUUGCUACUGAUUCACUGACUUCUCGCCCUGAGGCAACUUGCAUGUAUCCUGUCGGCACAUCUGGUCUACUCAGUUCCUCCACUAACCUAGCUCCACUCAUCACAGCAACUGUUUGUAAGUCAUAGCUGUAUUAUCAAGAUGGGUACACAAAUGCAUCCCAUGCAAUGUCAGCUUCCAAGCAUUUAGUGCACUGUGUCAGCAUAUACAUGUACAGUUCUUGUUAGUACUCCCCCCAUGCCAUUCAUGUGAUGCUCACUGAAAGCUAUACUUGUAGAUCUACUUGGUAGUAACUUCCUUUGGUGAGCUGAGCACCAACAGCCCCCAAUCAGCUAGUGUAUACCUAAUAUAAUUUUAUGUCGCAGUAUUAACUGUUUAGCAAAAGAAAUAACAUACUUAUAACAACAGUCAGUGUUCUUUUGUUAACUUAAUUAGGCUUUCUCCAGUUUAUGCUUAGACUCUGCAUGAUUGUAAGUCAGCCUAUAUAGCGUGUGGUGUGGUACGGUACAUGAUAAUUGUUGCGUUUGUUUGAUGUAUAGUUUUCAACACUAUCAGGCUAUAGAUACUUUCAACAUAACUUCUAUUACCAUAUCUUUUUGCUCAACUACAAGUUUUGAUGCUACAUUUGCUAUAUCACACUCUUAUCUACUCUUGUCAGUACCUAUUGUAACCUUUAAGUACGUUGCAACCCCUGUUGUUGUGUGCAGAUGAUUGUGUGUGGGCAACUGCUAUGCUUCCUUUAAUUGUCAGAAGUAACCAACUUUCAGCUUUGUGUGCAUGUACACCUAGCUGUAUGGACAUGUACGUAUGAAUACAACCUGUACAUUCCUGUAUGGUGGUAUGGAGCAUGUCAACAAUGUGUGUGUGGGAGAUCCCUAUAGUACACCGUGCAUGGCUGUUGUGGUUGAGUGUGGGUAUUAAUUAUGAGUACUGCUUGAUAUAAAAUUGUAGGGAAUCUGUUGCAAAUAAUUCUAGGAAACUGUUAUAGUACACUUCUCCUUCUAUUGUAUACUGCUGGGGAUCACAGUACUACUCUAAGGCUAUAUAAUGAUAGGUGUAAAAAAUCAAAUUUAUAGCUAUAAUGGCGGUUGAAGUGGCUCCAGUGUAUGUAUCCAAGAGAUCAUCUUAUGACCGGUGAUGGUGAAGCCUCUCUAUCAGAAUCUGUGAUAUAUAUACUGUUGAUAGUAGUGCGUUAUGAUGACUUCUGUCCUUAUAAAGAAAUGAUUAUUAGAAGUAGCUAGCUUAUAAUAGUAGCUAUGAUAUUCAGACACUAGCUGUGACAGUCGAACAAGAUGUAUGCCAAACUUUGCUUGCUGUUUAUCUCCUGCUUCCUGUCUUUCUUUGUGGCUAAU